UAUCUUCAGUAUUUACAUAAAUAAUAGGCAAGACUGAAAAAACAAAGGUAAUAAAAAAGUAUUCAUUCACUUGUGUUGGAUCAAAAUUGGAAUAAACAGACACGUGAGGAAGAUUACAAAUGUACCCCCUCACUCAUAUACAUGUAACAAGAUGUAUAAUUUGCUUGACCUUGCUGCAAUGAUUGAUACCAAUCAAGACUAGGAAAAUGAUUUUAGGACAAAUUUCAUGAAAAAAAUAUCAUUUAAGCAUUUACAUUUCACGAUAUUGCCACUAUGAUAUUUGAAGAAUAAUAACUGCUUUCUGAUGUUUAGACAAGGUUUGAAAUUUUUAAUUUGAGUUUUAAUGAGGGGUGCAACUUUAUAUGUGAUGCAGUUUGAAGGACUUUCCUGGUGUGUUUGCUUCCACCAUGAGAGAGUUGGAAGCUUUGCUGGCUCUAGAUGAUACAAAACUGAAAGCGUCAUUAGAGUGCUACCAACAUCUGAAUUCCGUUCGAAGAGGCCCUUAUCGAGCUGUUCAACUUGUUUCCAUAUUGAUCUUCGUCAUCCAUUGUCCGACUGAAGGCCCAGAACUAAAGGAUCCAAAACUUAAAAAGGAUAUGAAGCAGUCUGCAUUGAUCCAAAUGGCAUGGACGGCUACAUUCAUUUGCAUGGGUCGCCUUCUUGAUAGAUGUCUAACGGAUAAUCUUCUGGACUUCAACUCCCUUUUACCAGCUGUGCUAGUGUUCAUAGAGUGGUUGGUUGGCAUGCUUGAUAAAGCAGAAGCGUAUUGCGCUGAUGAAAAAGUUACCUGUGCAAUGUCUUACUUUUUUGGUGCUUUUGCUGAACUUCUGAACCGACUUGAUAACAAUGAGGAUGAAGUUGAGUCUGUUUAUCAUACUGCUCUUUGGGAAGAGUACAAGUUGAGGGGCUUUGCCCCCGUGGCCCAAUCACAUCUGCCAUUGGAUUUCACUAUUCAUGGGGAUUGUAUGGACAAUUUUGAUAGUAUGAAUGUGUGUCGUGUCCAUCGUAUCUUUCAUGCUGCGAUGAAAUUGGUGGCCAGAUCCAAUGGUUCUCAAAAGUGGAUCUUUUAUGAUAAGUUGGGAAGAAAAUUCUAUACAGCAGAGUCAGUGAAAUUUCAAGACCAAGGAGAAACAAAAGUAGCGGCAUGCAGUUAUUCUCAUGAAGGUAAACAGCCCCAUCAGCAUAAAUGUGGAACCACAAAAGAAAAUGAGGAAGAAGUCAAUGGGAAGCAUCAGAAACAACCUAGUACAAAUGUUGAAUCUCUCAAUGUGGAAGAUGAGGAACAUAAAUGUGGAACCACAAAAGAAAAUGAGGAAGAAGUCAAUGGGAAGCAUCAAAAACAACCUAGUACAAAUGUUGAAUCUCUCAAUGUGGAAGAUGAGGAAGUCAUUCUCUUCAAGCCUCUCACAAGAUAUAAUUCAGAACCACUUCAUACUUACAUCACCACAAAUGAUCAAAGUUCUACUGAAGGUACAAAGGAGCAUGCAGCACCUUCUGAUGAAUGCUUGCGCCGUGCCACAUCAUUGCUUAUAGCACAAAACCAAUUGCAGACUGAUCCCUUCAAUUUUCAUUCAAACACCUCUAAUGUUAGAUUCAACAAGCCAUUGAAGCAGCAAGAACCUAUUUUGAAGGAUUCAGCAACAUAUCCUGCAGGACCUCCCUCGCUCAGUGGUUGGGUCUUCAAUAGCGGUCAGAACCUUGAAAGAGAGAAAGGAACAAUGGAUUAUAAUAAACAUUUGUUGAGCCCUAUUGAGGAAGUACCUUCUGCAUCCUUGAAUGCUCUCUCCAUCAGCGAAGCUAAGGACAAUGCAACUGGUUCUGGGCACGUUUCUCCCAUAACCCGCAACAACUCCUCUCCAUAUGUGGCUCCAGUGCCCUCUGCCCCUUUAUUACCUGAUGAAGCUGUUUGGUUCAGGAGCAAUUCAAGUUUUUCUGAGAGCAAAAACACAGUGGGGAUUAAGGAAGCUGAUGGUAUUCUUGGUGCAUCACCUGUUGGUGGAUACUCAAAUUUGUCUGUAGCACAUAGACCAUUCGAUUCUGGUCCUGCCGUACCAGGUUUCAUUGGUGGAUACCCACCAAUUUUUGGAAUGAGUUCUUCUGAAUGGCUUUAUCAGUAUGCAAACAAUCGCAAUCACGAGCUAGUUAAUAACCAUGUUCAACCAGUUCAAGUCAAUCCACCUGGACAUAUUGGAAACUUCAAUGGUCAUGACACUUCAAGGUUUGAUCUGUUUAAUCGAUGGGGAAAUCCUUUGGUUUCAAGCCGGAUGGUAUAUUUGGAGAGCCCAGAAUCGCAUCCAGGUUUACCUCCUGUUUAUCAUCUGGAAGAACUAAACAGGGAUAAACUCUUUCUUGGCUACCAAAGGCAAUCCCCUUAUGGAUGUGGUACAGGACCUGCAGGUAUAGACCUGGAAGCUGAGCAGCCACACCUUCUGCAAUAUCUUAAAGAAAGAGAAUGGCAAUUGCAGCGGGAUGCUCAACUAAGAGGUCCUACGUACAUGGGGAAUUGAAUAUAUCAUAUGGAAACCCACAAAAAAAAAAAUAAAAAAACAUGCAUUUUCCUGUGACUGGAUGCCUGAUUUUGCAUAUAGUUUGCAUCCAUGUAGCCUGUAAUGUCAAAUUCAGAUAGCUUACAUGCAUGUGUAGAUGUCUCUAUGUAUAUGUGUAUACCCUGUAUAACAGUGAGUUAAACUAGUGUACGAAUGUGCACCUGCCUAAAAUGGAGCUCUUCUUCUUCCUUUUUUUUUGGACUAUCCAACAACGAUGACAAAUUAAUUGUGACGGUAUGUGUACAUGUAUAUGUUCUUGUCUUAUGGAG